AUGAGAUUUUUUUUUAAAGUAAGCCAUAAGCACUCGCAGAUCGUUUAAGAAGAAGACGAGACGCCCGUCGAGCCGGCGCUCCAACCGCGGCGGGCAGCGUGAGCCCCCGCUCACCUGACCAACUGAGCCCCCGCUCAGUUCUCACCCGAUGAGAUGAGAGCGCUGGGCGAGGUGAGGUUGCUGUCACUCUGCUGACUUGCUGAGGCCCGCGAGCCUCCUGCUAUCUGAAAAAAGUUAAAACUUCCCGGUUGCAAAAACAAAGCUUUCCUCGGCAGCAAGAGAGCGAGCCACUGGCGCGCACCCCCGGCGUUGAUCAGGCAAGCAAGCAAGCUAGCUACUCCUCCUAGCUAGCAACAAGGGGGACGCGACCCGGCAAGGCGGGCGCAGGCCGCGGCCGGCCGGCCGGCGCGCCGCAUGCGGCCACGGGGCGGCCGCGCCGUCGCUGUCCGACACGCUCGCGGACGGCAUCUCGCCGAGCGCGGGGGCAAGAGUUCUUCCCCCCAUCCAUGAGGCAACCAUGCUCGUGCUCAUCAACAAAUACCUCAGGAGCAGGAACCCGGCGGGAGGAGGCGACGAGAUGGCGCCGCCGGCGUCCAGCGGGGCCGACCGCGACCUCCACCUGUGCAUGCCCGGCUGCGUGCCGGUGCGCGCCAAGCGGGGGGCGGCGGCGGCGACGGUCACCACCACGGCGCGGGCGUCGCGGCACAACUUCGUCAAGGCCGCGGCGUCGGGCCUGCUCGCGGGGGCGCACUUCACGAACCACGAGUCCCUCCCGGCGCUGCCCGACGCCUACGCAGAGUUCGCCGCCGCGUUCCCGCUGUACGGCGCCCUCCCGCGCGCCGACGCCAUCCGCGCCGACGAGUACCGCCACCUGGACCGCCACGUGUGCCUGGACUACACCGGCAUCAACCUCUUCUCCCACGCGCAGAUGAACUCGUCCCUGCCGUCCACGUCGUCGUCGUCGUCGUCCGCGGCGGCGUGGCAGCCGCCCUUCUUCGACAUCGCGUACAAGUCGGCGAGCCUGCGGGCACAGGUGCAAUGCGGGGACGCCGCGGGCAUCGGCGCCGCCGUCACGAGGCGCAUCAUGGCGUCGCUCAAGAUCCCCGAGGACGAGUACACCAUGGUGUGCACGGCGAACCGGACCACCGCGUUCCGGCUCCUGGCGGAGUCCUACUCGUUCCAGUCCGGCAGACAGCUGCUCCCCGUGUACGACUACGAGAGCGAGGCCGUGGCCGCCAUGGCCGAGAGCGCGCGCCGCCGGGGCGCCGAGGUCACGCCCGCGAGCUUCGCCUGGCCGAGCAUGAGGAUCCACGGCACCGACCUCCGCAAGAAGCUGGCCCGGGGCCGGCGGCGCGGGGGCCGGCGCGGCCUCUUCGUCUUCCCGCUGGCCUCCCGCAUGACGGGCGCCCGGUACCCGUACCUGUGGAUGAGCGCGGCGCACGAGCAGGGGUGGCACGUGGCGCUGGACGCCUGCGCGCUCGGCACCAAGGACCUCGACACCUUCGGGCUCUCCCUCAUCCGCCCGGACUUCAUCGUCUGCAACUUCUUCAAGGUGUUCGGCGAGAACCCCUCCGGCUUCGCGGGGCUCUUCGUCAAGAGGUCCAGCGGCCUCGCCGCGCUGGAGCGCUCCUUGAUCGCGCGCAGCAUCGGCAUAGUCAGCAUCGUGCCCGCGCGCCGCUGGUCGCUCCACGACGGCUACUCCACUGAGCUGGAGCACUCGCGCAGCUUCCCCAGGCUCGCCGACCCGGCGGCGCCGGACGACGCCGACGUCGAGACCACCAGCUCCUUCUCCGGCCCGCUCAGCUCGACCGCCAUCGCUCGCAGCAGCAACCUGCAGCCCGACUCCGCGGAGAACGGCGAGAUCCGCGAGGUCGACGCGGCGGAGAACGGCGACUUCUGCACGGAGGAGCCACCAAAUAACGGCGGCGGCGGCGGCGGCCAUGAAACAGAGCAGCAGGGCGCGGUGGAGGUGGAGUGCCGGGGCCUGGACCACGCCGACGCGCUGGGGCUCAUCGCCAUCGGCAACCGGCUGCGCUGCAUCAGCAACUGGCUGGUGGUGGCCCUGCAGAAGCUGCGGCACCCGCACGCCGAGAGCGGCCACCAGCUGGUGAGGCUGUACGGCCCGCGAGUCAAGUUCGACCGGGGCCCGUCGCUGGCCUUCAACGUGUUCGACUGGAAGGGCGAGCGGGUGGCGCCGCCGCUGGUGCAGAAGCUCGCCGACCGCCACAACAUCUCCCUCACCUGCGGCUUCCUGCGCAACAUCUGGUUCUCCGACAAGUACGAGGCCGACAGGGCCGCCGUCCUCGAGCACAGGGACGACGGCGCCGCGGUCGCGCCAGGUAAGAGGAGGAAGGACGCCGCCGGCGACGUGGGGAUCCUCGUGGUGAACGCGUCGCUGGGGUUCCUCAGCAACUUCGAGGACGCCUACAGGCUGUGGGCGUUCGUGGCCAAGUUCUUGGACGCCGACUUCGUGGAGAAGGAGAGGUGGAGGUACACCGCGCUCAACCAGAAGACGGUCGAGGUGUAGCCAGGGCAGCAGAUUGCAGCACUUCAGCUCAGCAGCUUGGCACAUUGGUACGGUUUCAGAUCACUGUAAAGCAGCAUUCUUUUGGGAUCAGCUCGGCAGUGUGAGUGUGUGCCGUGCUCUUCUUCCAUCCAUUCUUUUAGUGUAAACAGUGAGAUGUAUAGUGUAGAGUUGCUUUCCUAAUAAUAAUAUCUGGAAUGUGGAUUCAUAAGUUCUGCUGUGGCACAAUUGAAUAACAAAGAUACCGAGCAUCAGGAAACAA